UGGCGGCUCUGAGUGAACCUAAACGGGACGCCGGGCUCACAUUUUGAGCUUCCACACCCGAAAAAGACGCGGGGGCCUCACGGGGGUUUACUGCACCGUCUGAAUCCCAGCCGAGCCAGCUUUGUGGACGUGUCGCUUUCGCUCGGGUCCGCACCGGCUAAACCACCGCAAACAUCGGGAUUGUAAGAAGAAGUCUUCGCCUAUCAUGAGAGGGAAAAGAGGCAGGCCGCCCAAACCUCUACCAGUCGCGGAGCCCUCCGCUGCGACGGCCCGGGGCUUACGACCCAGGAGGAAUCUAAAGCCCAGGGCCAGGGACAGCGGGGAGGAAGAUGUGGAGAGUCCCACAAGGGAAACUAACAAGCCGGCCAGAAAGAGGAAAGGGGGAUCCGUCACGUCAACACGGGGCAGGGGACGAGGCAGAGGCGGCGGCAGAGGAGGAGGAAGAGGGGGAAGAAGAGGAGGAAGGCGGACGGCUGUGUCCAAAACAGUGGUGUACGACGACCACGAGAGCGAUGAGGAAGACGAUGCUGUCAGUUUGAGGUCGGAGGAGGAAGAUUACAUUGAGGAGGACCCCCAGUCCGAAGAGGACGAGGCCCUGAAAGAGGACUCUGACUGCCUUGAUGAUGGUGAUGAUGUGCUGUACGAAGAGGAGGAGGAGGAGGAGGAGGAUGGUGCCAGCUACUGUACAGAGAGCAGCUUUCGGAGUCAGAGCACACUCGCCAGCACUCCGGGGAAGAGAAAAUCUCGGGCCCCCAGACCCCGCACACCCAUUCUGGAGGAGAAGGAGAUUCCAGCUCUUGAGCUUCCUGAGACCUCUGAGGAUCUCCUGGUGCCUAAUGAGGAGUUGCUCAAUGCCACCUCCAUCUACGAGGUGCUAAGGAACUUCAGCACGGUUCUGCGUCUCUCCCCUUUCCGCUUUGAGGACUUCUGUGCAGCGCUGGUAGGCCAGGAGCAGUGCACUUUAAUAGCAGAGACACACAUUUCCCUGUUGAAGGCCAUCCUACGUGAGGAGGACACCUCCAACACUACCUUUGGCCCUGCUGACCUCAAGGACAGUGCAAACUCAACUCUGUACUUUAUUGAUGGCAUGACAUGGCCUGAGGUAUUGCGGGCGUAUUGCGAGAGUGACCGGGAGUACCACCACGUCCUGCCAUACCAGGAGGUGGAUGAGUACCCCUACGGUCCUCUUGACAGUAAGAUCAAGGUACUACAGUUUUUGGUGGACCAGUUUCUCACUACUAACAUGGCUCGUGAAGAGCUGAUGUCUGACGGCGUCAUGCAGUAUGACGACCACUGCCGCGUGUGUCACCGCCUGGGUGACCUGCUGUGCUGUGAGACAUGUUCAGCGGUCUACCACCUGGAGUGUGUGAAACCGCCACUGGAGGAGGUUCCAGAGGACGAGUGGCAGUGCGAGAUUUGCGUGGCGCACAAGGUGCCAGGUGUCACAGACUCUGUGACGGAGGCGCAGAAGAACAGGCCUUACAUCCGCCAGGAGCCUAUUGGAUAUGACCGCCACCAGAGGAAAUACUGGUUCUUAAACAGAAGGAUUAUUGUUGAGGAAGACGGGGAGCACGAGAAGAAGAAGAUCUGGUACUACAGCACCAAAGCUCAGCUGGAGGAGCUCGUGGACUGCCUGGAUAAGGUGUACUGGGAGAUGGACCUCCACGCCACUCUGGAGGAGAUGAAAGAGGAAGUGCAAGCUCACAUGGAUAUCACAGAGGACCUUACCAACAAAGCCCGUGGCAACAAUAAAGCCUACCUCACCGCUGUCAAUGACGUGGUCCUGGAGAAUAUGAAGAUCAGACGGGAGAGACAGGAAGCGAAGAGGCGAGCCGAGGAGAUGAAGCAGGAGGCGGGAACGGGCUCCGCUAAGACAGCGGAGGACACCGCCGGGCUUGCGCCGCAGCUCGACAACGGACAGCAAAAAGACACAGAGGCCAAGGAAGAUGCUGCUUCAGAAGCAGCCUCGCUUCCCCCCGCCACGGAGGAGAGCAGCGUGUCUGAUCCUAACCCUAACCUGGGCUUGACCAACCAGGACACGGCCACGCCUAAAACGGAAUCCCUCGAAUCAAACAAGGAAACGCAGGCUGCUCCGGAGAGCGGGGAGUCCCCUCCAGAGGCAAAGCAGGAGAGGACAGAUGAGGAAAUGAAAGCAGUGUCAAGCAGUGAGGACGCGCACCCUAAUGAGACGCAAGCACAAACCCAAGAUCAGCCGCAGCCGUCAUCUCAGCCGGAGCCGAGCGGCGGCGGCGGCAGCAGCAGCAGCAGCAGCCAGGUUCCUGGAAGCGGGAGACUCAGGAAACCAGAGCAGCCCGACCUGGCCGACCGGUCAUCUCAGUCGUCUUUUACCAGCCAGGACGGGACAGAUGAGUAUAACGAAAGGGUUAAGACUGAUAAAGGGACGCCAGCACAGGAGUCUAAUAACCAAACUCUCCGAGGCAGCAAAGAGUCAUCUCCCGCAAACUCUGACGGUGAGACUUCGCGUCACAGCCUCCUCAAACGGGACCUUGCGGUGAAUUUGAACAACUUGUUCAAACUGGGCCAGGAGGGUAAGUACAGGGUCUACCACAACCAGUACAGCACCAACGUCCUGGCUCUCAACAAACACCAGCACCGCGAGGACCACGACAAGAGACGCCACCUCUCCCACAAGUUCAGCUUGACCCCCGCCUCGGAGUUCAAAUGGAACGGCUCCAUCUAUGGUUCACGGAACCUCACCGUCUCCACCCUGCGUCUCACUAUCAUCCAGCUGGAGACCAGUGUCCCUGGUCCGUUUAUGCACCCUAACUGGGCCUCGCACAGGACCAACUGGAACAAAGCAGUGCAAAUGUGCAGUAAAGCCAGGGAAUUUGCUCUGGCUUUGGCCAUCCUGGAGUGUGCCAUCAAACCAGUGGUCAUGCUGCCUGUGUGGAAAGAUUCUCUUGGACACACAAGGCUGCAUCGCAUGACAUCCAUGGAGAGGGAGGAAAAGGAGAAGGUGAAAAGGCGAGAGAAAAAACUGGAGGACGAGGAAAUACUGCAGCAGGCUACUUGGGUCAAAUACACCAUCCCCAUUAAACACCAGGUGUGGAAGCAGAAAGGAGAGGAGUACAGAGUUACUGGGUAUGGUGGCUGGAACUGGGUCAGCAAGACCCACGUGCCACGAUUUGUUCCAAAGCUACCAGGAAACACAAACGUAAACUACCGCAAAGAACUGGAGGCUAAAAUGAAAAAGGAAAAAGCAGCGGCUGGCACAAAUACGCAGAAAAAGUGUGCGGAAAACGAGAAGCAGACUACUGCAGACACAGCGGACGAGGACAAAGAGAAAACGUCUGUUAGCGAGUCAUCUCAGAGCGCUUCAUCAGAGGAUUUACAGACGUCAAAAGAGGAAGACAAACCUGCAGAGGAGGAGCAGGGAAAGAAUACAGAAGAGAAGAAAGAAGAUGAAAAAAUGGAGGUUGACCCCUGUCCAGAAACUGCUGCUUCAACUGAUGAAAAAGAGAAAGUUGAAAACAAAAGCCCUUCCUCGCCUGCUGUGCAACCUUUGAGCGAAGAGCCGAUCCAGAAAGUCGAGCAACUCAAGAAGGAGGAGACCACUUCUUCAAAGCCUUACUACGAUGUCGUGAACGUCAGCGAGAGCUUCCAGUUGCGAACAGCUUACAAGAAGAAGGUGAAGCCGUCGAAACUGGACGGGCUCUUGGAGCGCCGGGUAAAACAGUUCACCUUGGAGGAGAAGCAGAGACUAGAGCGGAUGAGACAGGCGGCCCUGCAGUUAAAACUGGCUGGUACGAAGCCUCCGUCCAGUGUUAAAACAGAAGGAUCAACAUUAGUCAAACCGCAGCCUGCCGUGACACCGUGCGUUAAAGUAGAGGAGAAGGAGGAGGGCUUUCAUGUUAAAGAUCAUGUGGUUAAAAAACUCAACUUCGAGCAGGAGAAGACGGAGGUAAAACCAGACAACAUGGAUGUCAAACCAGACACCACAGCACCUAAUAAUAGCAAGCAGACCGAGGUCAAUCCUGUGCAGGGGAGCGGUGGGGAUGCCCCAGCUCACAAAGAAGUAAACGGAGGACCCUUAGCAAACACUGAGCUCAACAGUAAAAACAACUGUAUAACGGAGGCAAUAGAUAAAGAGAAAACGCAGAAGCCAGAGGUGGCUCGAGUGGGAGACAACGCUAAGAAACGUGGCUAUGAGGAAGUUGAGCAGGUCAGCGGACAGAACAACACGGAGAGCACGGAGGUAGACCAAACCAAGACCAGUCCGGUGCAGGUGAAUGGGGACACUGUGGCCACUGCUCCCGUAAACUCAGUCCAAGGUGAUAUCAAAGAGCCUCUGGUGAAUGGAAACCUCUCCCAGAACGAUGGUCACCCACCUCCCCUGAAAGUUCCGAAAUUAGAGAACCACGUGGCAGAGAAAGGAGACUCUCUCAGCGCGGACAAGCCUCCAUCUUCAAGCCCGUCUUGUGUGAAUAGCAAUAGUACUGACAAUUGCAGUGGUAGCGAAGGCAUGAAAAGUUCCACACAAGGGGCCGCCACGACUAACACCACCACAGACACUAGUAAGGCUGCUGUGACGUCUCAAGCAACAAGUAGCUCAGUCUCUUCUACUACCACUUCCACCUCCUCCAGCACCCCUCCCACCUCUUUGGCACCAGGGGCAGCGGUCUCCCAAAAGGCCAAACCAAUCACCGCAGGGGACGCCAAGACGAGUUCAACGACAACCAGCUCCAUGACGAUUAGUAAAGAGUAUUCCACCAGAGACCGAGUCAGCCUUCUCAGGUUCUCCAAAUCGAAGAAGGCUCGGUCGGGAACAGCCCUGCCAUCCUACCGCAAGUUUGUCACAAAGAGCAGCAAGAAGAGCAUCUUCAUCCUGCCCAACGAUGACCUGAAGAGGCUGGCGAGGAGAGCAGGCAUCAGAGAGGUGCCCAUCUUCAACUACAACGCCAAGCCAGCCACGGAUAUAUGGCCCUACCCUUCACCUCGACCCACGUUUGGGAUCACAUGGAGGUACCGUCUCCAGACUGUGAGGUCACUGGCAGGGGUCAGCUUGAUGCUGAGGCUGCUGUGGGCGUGUCUGAGGUGGGACGAUAUGGCUGUAAAGCCCUCUGCUGCCGUAGGGACAACACGGAAAGAAACUACAGACACAGACAUCAUCACAACAGAGAUUAUAAAACGAAAAGACGUUGGGCCUUAUGGCAUCCGCUCAGAAUACUGUAUCAGGAAGAUCAUCUGUCCCCUCGGAAACAGAGACACCCCCAAAGAAACUCCCACUCCACAGAGGAAAGGCCUGCGCUCAAGCGCCUUGAGGCCCAAGAAACAAGAGCCUGCCAAACUGACUGGGCCUAUCGCUGUGGAGACAUGGGUUCCUGAAGAGGAAAUGGAGCUGUGGGAGAUCAGGGCCUUUGCAGAAAGAGUGGAGAGGGAGAAGUCACAGGGUAUAGAUCCCUCCAAGAGUAGCAAUACUCUAAGGACGGCUGAGGAUGUCAAGGCCCAUUUGGAGAAUCAGCUGAAACAAGCUCGAUUGGCUGCCCAGCAGAAACGGCUUGAGCAGCAGAGACCAAGCCCAACCGCCCCCACUUCCACAGCUACAACCACCACCACCUCAGCCAGCACUCCCAUUACCCCAGCGUCCACAGGCCAGAGGAUGGGUCAGAUCACAUCCGGAACAAAGAUGGUCCUGGCCACCAAACUGGGCUCUCCGGUCUCCUUCCAGCAAGACAAGAACUUCCACCAGUCGUUUGCUUCUUGGGUCAAGCAGGGUCAGAACAACAACAGCUCAGCCUCCACUGGCUCGGUGGCCACCGUGGCUAGCAGCAUCACCACCUCAGAGCAAACCUUCCAGAUCGCUGGCAGCCCAGUGACUGUGGCUGGCCAGGUCCUCACCGCCAAACUACCCCUGCCCGCUAACAGCAAGAUUGUCACGCUCAACAUGCCCACUACUCAAGGAGGUGUAGUUCAACAGAAAGUUCUGGGCAUUUUCCCCUCUGGGCCUCCUGCUAACCUGAGGACAUACAGCACACUACAUCCUACGACUGGCAACAUCAACCUCAGAGCCACUAACUCUGCCUCAACUACUCAGCAACAGGCCAUCAAAGCAGGAGGCCAAACACAGCCUGGCACGACAGUGAACCAGGCAUCUACCCUGUCUACCUCUGUGGGCACAACAAUGGUCAGAAGUCCAGCGUUGGCUCAACAAGGCCAACCUCAGCAGGCUUUGGCCCAAAUGGGCCGUGGCCAGCCUGGAUCCACAGCUGUGCCUGGUUCUACACCUGUGCAGACAGGUCAGAGAGUAGCAGGUCCCACAUCAUCCCCUUCCACAGCCACCUCAGCUUCUGGACAGUCUCCUAUAGCUCCCCCCCAGACCAACAGACCACAGCAGGGUCAAGUCAAACUCACUAUGGCACAGCUCAUGCAGCUAACACAGGGCGCUCAGGGAGGUAAUCCAGGUCUGACAGUGGUGAUCCAGGGUCAGGGCCAGACCCAAGGCCAGUUGCAAAUCAUCCCACAGGGUGUGACAGUCAUCCCGGCCCCCGGGCAGCAACUAAUGCAGGCAGCCAUGCCCAACGGUCAGGUCCAGCGCUUCCUCUUCACUCCCGUGCCCCCAUCCUCAUCAGUGUCAACUUCCGCCCCUGUGACCCCUCAAACCCAAAUGUCAACACCUGUUCAAGCCAGAGGCCCCGCGCAAGUCCAGACGACUCCUUCAGUCUUAGCCCAGGCCCAAAUGGCAGCCCCUCUACCCACUCCAACACACGUUCCAGCCUCAACACAAAUGCCGAGCUUGGCCCCGACCCCGGCCUCGAUCCCUGUGCCAGGCCCAGCGCAGGUCGCAGCCCAGGCCUCAAUGCAAACACAAGUUUCCACCGCUACCCCUUCAUCUGUUCUGCCGCAAGUUGCAGCGCAGGCCUCGUUCUCCACACCAGCUUCUGUCCCCACACAACCUCAAGUUAUAAGAACCAUGCCUGCCCCCUCACUUAAUGCAGGCCUAGGCAUGGCCCAACCCCAAGUCCCCGCCAUCACCACUGGCUCGUUCCCUACACAAACCCAAACUGCAGUGUCACUACCUGUAGGACAAGUUGCACCCCAAUCCCAGGUCCAGACACACACCUUCAACCCCGCCCCUGUCCAGAUGCACGUCAAUGCUCCCGCCCCCGCUUUAGCCCCCGUCUCAGUCAAGGCCGCUGCCCAAGUUGCUGCUAUGGCGACGGCUACUCACUCGGCCCAAAUGUCUGUCUCUGCCUCUUUCCCCUCACCCGUCCCAGUUCCGACCCCCGCCCUCGCUCCCGUCUCCACUCCCGUCAUCGCUGUCGUGUCCACCCAAAUCGCUGUCCCGUCCCCAGCCAAAGCUCUAACCCAAAUCCAGGCCACAGCUCCCGUUCCCUUUCACGCUGCUGUGGCCAAUGCUGUCGUCACACCAGUCACAGCCACCUCUACGACACCUUCAGUGCCAGCUCUGACAGAGCGGAGGGCAUCUCAGCCCCAGGUAUGGACUCCGGCCUCAUCUCAAGCCCAGAUUCCAAUUCAGCCAGUACAGCAGGCGGCAGCUCCCGUGCAGCCCCCUGCCCUGGCUACUGUACCUGCCUCCACACCCGCAUCGGUCUCCACACAUUCACCCGUUAUCCCUCUGCCUCAAGCAUCUCUUCCUUCGCAGUCUCAAGCACAAGUCCAGCACCCUGCCGUCGUUUCCAUGCAGCAGGUGUCUCAAAUACCGGUCUCAGCAGUGCAGGUUCAUAUGAAGGGAUUGCCAGUCUCUUCUGUUGUUACUACCAUGAGACCCACCCAACCUCAGCUCCAGCCCCAGCUCCAGCCCCAAGCCCAUACUCAACUUCAGCCCCAAGCUCAAGCCCAAAUUUGUGCACAGAUUCAGGUCCAGCCCCACGGUCAAGUCCAACAAAUGCAGCAUCUCCAGGCCCAAGCACAAGCCCAAAUCCACCCCCAGGUCCGAGUUCAGUUUCAGCCACAAACUCAGCAACCAGCCCAAGCCCAAGUACAGCCACUCGCUCAAAUUCGACCUCAGGUGCAGUUUCAGUCCCAAAACCAAACCUUGCCCCAGCCCCAUGUCCAGACCCCAGCGCAGACCCAGCUCCAGUCAAGGGUACAACCUCAGUACCACCCACAGGUACAAGUUCCACUUCAAACACAGGCGCAAACCCAAACCCAGCCCCAGGCUCAGCAACAGCCUCAGGUCCAACCACAACCCCAGGUUCAGUCGCAGCCUCAGGUUCAGACUCAGGCCCAAACCCAGCUUCAGCCCCAGAUCCAAACCCAACUCCAUCCCCAGGUUCAGGUCCAGUUCCAGCAACAGAAUCAGAUUCACCCUCAACCUCAGGCCUCGCAGCAACCCCAAGUCCAAGUCCAAACCCAGCCCCAGUUACAAGUUCAGUCACAGCAGCCCACCCAGGUCCCGCAACAGCUUCAGGUCCAAGCCCAACCCCAAGUCCAAGCUAAGCUCCAAGUUCAGUUUCAGCCUCAGAACCAAACUCAAGUUCAAGGGCAGCCUCAGCUUCAGGUCCAGUCUCCAAUCAGGCAUCAGCUCAUCACUGUUCCAGGGCUCCAACAACCAGUCCAGCUCCUCUCAGCGCUGCCACCACACGUCGCAGCCCAGAUCCAAGCCCAGAUCCAGGCGCAGGCACAGCAGCAGGGUGGCACAGUUCCCCAGCAGAUCAAACUGCAGUUGCCCAUCCAGAUCCAGCAGACGGGGGGGCAAAUUCAGGCCCACCAGAUCCAGAACAUGGUGACCAUACAGGCACCGGCAAGUGUGCAGGAGCAGAUCCAGAGGAUGCAGCAGCUAAGAGACCAGCAGCAGCAACAGCAACAGCAGCAGCAACAACAGCAGCAGCAACAACAGCAGCAGCAGCAGCAGCAGCAACCAAAGAAGAAGAAGACUCAUGAGGCUAAAAGGGAACAGAAAGAGCAGAAUCAGCAGGCUGUUAGUCCCGGGGAUGGUAUCCAGAAACAGGCGGUAGUGAAGCAGAACGCUACAGCGGAACAGCUGAAACAGAGGAAGACCCUGGCUGCAGCUGAGCGAGAGGAGAACCAGAGAAUGAUCGUGUGCAACCAGGUGAUGAAGUUCAUUCUCGACAAGAUUGAGAAGGACGAGAAGCAGGCAGCUAAGAAGAGAAAGAAAGAGGAAGUGGUGGAGCAGAAACGAUCCAAGCAGAAUGCCACCAAGCUGACAGCGCUGCUUUACAAGCACAAAGAGCAGCUGAAGGCGGAGAUCUUGAAGAAGAGGGCUCUGCUGGACAAGGAGCUGCAGCUGCAAGUGCAGGAGGAGCUGAGGCGAGACAUAGCCAGGCUACAGAAAGAAAAGGAGAAAGCCCGAGCUGCGAUCACCCAGGCUGCCGCAGCGACCGUCAAGGCGGCCUCCCACUCCCCACACUCUUCCCACUCCUCCCACUCUUCUCACACUACUCAUUCCUCUCACAGCACCCACACAGUGACCUCACCCUCCUCAUCCCAUAAACGCAAGAGGGAAGAGGAGCGAGACAAAGACAGAAACCGAGACAGGGACAGGCACGACAAGGACAAGAAACGGGACAGGGACAGAGACAGGGACAGAUAUCGAGACAGAGAUAAAGACAAAGAUCGGGAUCGAGACAGGGAGAGAGACAAAGAGCGGGAUAGACACCGGGACAGGGAGCGAGACAAGGACAAGGACAAGGACAGAGAUAGGGACAGAGACAAGGACAGAGAUCCCAUCUCAUCAAAACACAAGAAGAAGAAGAAGCUCUCCUCUACCUCAAAGGAUCACAAGAAGGACACAAAAUUGUACUGUAUCUGCAAAACAGCCUACGACGAGUCAAAGUUUUACAUAGGGUGUGACCUGUGCUCCAACUGGUUCCAUGGUGCCUGUGUUGGCAUCACAGAGAAGGAGGCUAAGAAGUUAGAGGACUUUGUGUGCAAUGAUUGUAAACGUGGCCAGGAGGGAGGAAGCAACGAGGAGCUAUACUGUAUCUGCCGGACACCAUAUGACGAAUCACAGUUUUACAUCGGCUGCGACCGCUGCCAGAACUGGUACCACGGCCGCUGCGUUGGCAUCCUGCAGAGUGAGGCCAAUCACAUCGACGUGUACGUGUGCCCGCAGUGUCAGUCGACAGAAGACGCCAUGACAGUCCUCACGCCACUGACCGACAAAGACUACGAGGGGUUGAAAAGAAUAUUACGCUCGUUACAGUCUCACAAAAUGGCAUGGCCUUUCCUCGAACCAGUGGAUCCCCAUGACGCACCUGAUUAUUAUCGUGUAAUCAAGGAGCCAAUGGACUUUUCCACAAUGGAAAGCCGUUUGCAAAAACGGCAUUACCACAAGCUCACCGAGUUUGUGGCCGACGUGACCAAAAUCUUUGACAACUGCCGCUACUACAACCCCAAUGACACGCCCUUCUUUCAGUGUGCCGAGGUGCUUGAAGGCUUCUUUGUACAGAAGCUGAAAUGUUUCAAAGCGAGCAGAUUGUCAGAUUCUUAAAUGGGCCAGUCUAGCUGGAGUCUGGACUGGAUGCAGGGGUCUCUAGUAAUAAUGGCAUGGAAACUUUGUUUCAAAAAUAGCGAAAAUGUCAAUUACUAAAUGAAAAAUAACACAAGAACACACUCAAACACCAAAUGUGCUUUCACGCAAAUGCCACCAACUGAAAGUUCUCAGUCACCAAUUAUAAUUAGGACGUUUUAUAAUCAUCAGAAAAUAGCAGCCAAUUUGACAUUAGUUGAUUGUGUAAUUGAAGGAUGUGCUUUCUUUUCAUCAUUUUACCAAAUCAGGAUAUUAGCCUUAAUUAAUCCAUGACAGUCGUUUGGUUGUUUUCAGUAGGAUUUUAACUGCAUUUCACUUCUUAAUUUGUAUUUAUUUCUGGUGUACAUCUAAAUUGGACUGAAUUAUGUGUUGACCUGACCAGUUCUAGAAAUAUACAAAGCUGCAUAUUUUAUUAUAGAGAAAUAUUUAUGAGAGGUUUUGUAUGUUCCUUCCCCUUGAGUUUGAUUUAGCUGGUUGUUACAGUGGCUAUUUUGAAUGUACAUACUUUUUAUCAUGUACAGUGGUUGUAAGAUAUAUCUGACUCUGUAAGUGAAUGUUUGGAUGUUUUAAAUAAUUAUGAAACAAAUCAUUUUAGAUAGUAUUAUUUUAUGAGACUAAAAUGUACUACGAGUGAGGAAUCUGACCUAAAAACCUCAUUAUAUUCUUCACUUCGCAAAAUAACCUCAGUUUGUAGUUGUGGAUCUCUUCAGUAAUAAAGGCAUUGCACAUCAACAUGGCUGCAGGAUCAUCCACUGACCCCCUUUGCAUCCUUUGUGUCUGUGUGUUCAUUGUUGAGAUGUCACAACAGUAAAUUCAAAAAAUAAAAAGCAAAGGGCUCUCAACUUUCCCCCUCUCUCCGCAUUCUGUAGGUCACAUAACAACAAGCUACAGUCCUCUUCAGCCUCUUAGAAAGCAUCGCACAUUGGUGAUAUGCUGAAACAAAAUGCACUUGCCAAGAAUAUGGCUUUUCUGAACUGUAACUCUGUGACGGACUCUGCCUCAUCCUGUGUUUGGGAUCUGCUCCUCUGACUGUCUGUGCAACCAGCACCACUGCUUUCACAGAACUGUCCAGGCAGAGCUGCCUGCUGCCCGUUUCAGCUCUAAGGGACCUUUUUGGACCUGUUUUCAUCAGCGGGAUUGUACUGAGGAGCGUGAACAACUGAGGCAUUUCAGAUGAAAGUUUACCUCGGAGAAAAGACUCUUAAAGAGCUCUCAUAUUUCCAUGUACUUUAUUUUUUGAUCACAGUCUUUUUACUUUUUCUUUCUUGUUUAAAAAAAAAAAAAAGUCCCCAAGGCCAUCCUUGUGGUUGUCAUGUCCAAUAAGAAAUAUGAAAUUAAAUACUGACAUACAAUGGCUGAGUUUUACUGAGCAUAAUGUAUCAAGAGUUUUGUCUAAAUUCAGAUAUCACAGCAGAACAACUUUUUUUUUUCUCCCAUUUCACUCAUUGUUUAGUCUGAAGUGGCAUGAAAAGACAGUUGUACUAAAUAUCUGGACAUCAGUAGUCUGCUUGGUUAAACCUGUAUAACCUACUUAAAAGUACGGUAAUAAGCUAUUGUAUAUGAAAUGCUCUGCAGUAGUGACUGACCGAGAAGGAUGAAAUGAUGUAUUUGAAGGCUCCUACCCUGUUUGUAAAAAUCUGUCAAAUUUUGACUUCAUUUCUUUUUCCUUUUUUUGUAUUCCAGCUGAAGAAAUAUUGAUGUAUAUGGAACUUAAUAAAAUGCUAAAGACUGA